GUCCAAACAAAAAAAAAUUGUAAGAAUCAGUCUUUUCUCUGCAAUUCCCUCAAAUGCCAAGCGAAGAUUAACGAAGCUUUAUAUUUCUUUUCCUACAUUUAAAACUCGGUCAGGGUGGGAACACAGUAGGAACGGAAAAUCGAAGAAAGAUCGGAGAAAAAUCGAAUAUGAAACUGACCCAAGCUGGAGUCGUCCUCCUUGCUUCCUUGCUUUUUCUCGUUUUCCCAUGAAUUUGUAAACGGUUCUGGGGUCUUGAUCCAGAUCCCCUCCACUCUGCGUAUCUUCCUCCUAGAUCAGUGUUAUGAGAUCGAUGUCCUCAUCAGCGGAAAAUACUUGCAUUUUAUUUUCCUCAAGAUGCUUUCAGGACUGUAGUACCAUGCGAUUCCCCAAUCUCCAGAGCAACAGUUUUUCGAGUUUAUCGUAGUAUUCCGUGCUCAAAUCGUAGCCUUUUUCUCUGGAUCCAAGUUGGGUACCUGUGAUUUUAACUUCUUUACAGUCCUUGUUGCCAUGAGUUCUGCUUCCGAUGUCGCAGCUUGCUCCUAUAGCCUUUAGCCGUUAUUGCAUUUAAACUGUACGAUAAAAAACCACACUCAAAACUUGCAAGUACGAUCUUCUUUGUGGGUGAUUCUAGCUUUAUCCUUCCAUAUGUAUAAAAGUAAGUUUUCACAUAUUCAACCGACUGAGUUCGAUUCUUGUCCAAGUUUUCUUGAGCAAAUAUUUUGAGGACGGUACAUGUGAGAAGGUCGAAUCCAGAGAAGCUUUCUCUUCAUGGGUUCGUGCAUUAGUACAGUAUCCAAUGCCGAGAUCGAUCUUCAUCGUGGUGUGAUUCCUGAGACGGAUCUUCAUCGUGCAGUGGUAAAGAAUGAUAUGAUUUGGUUAAUCUACAUUUCAUCCUUCACAGUGACUUCACAUCCUCGGACACAGGGUGGGAUCAUCGAAGCAGCGAAUUUGGUGUGCUUUUGCUUCAGUGAACUGGCAGCAGCCACAGGACACUUCAUUAAUGAGAAUGUGUUGGGUUCGGGAGAAUUCGGUGUUGUCUACAAAGGAUGGGUUGAUGAGCAUUCCCUAAAGGCUACAAGUCCAGAGAUGGGCAUGCCUAUUGCUGUAAAGAAGCUUAGAGAUGACAGUUGCCAGGGUCAACAAGAAUGGUUGACAGAAAUCAAAUACCUGGGGCACCUCUGUCAUCCAAAUCUUGUGAAAUUGAUGGGUUACUGCAUAGAGGACAAGAACCGGCUUCUAGUGUACGAGUUUAUGCCAAAUAGCAGCUUGGAUAGACAUCUAUUUGAAAGACAUUCUCCCGUUCAAACAAUCACUUGGCAUCACCGAAUAAAAGUUGCUCUCAACGUUGCUAAGGCUCUAGCAUUCCUCCAUCAUGAGGUAGACGCAAUACAUCGAGAUGUUAAGCCUUCUAAUAUCCUACUUGAUGCGAACUAUAAUGCUAAACUCAGUGAUUUUGGGUUGGCCAAGGAUGGGUCUGUGAACAGUAGAACCCAUGUCACAACAAGGGUCUUAGGUACUGAAGGGUAUUAUGCUCCUGAAUAUAUGGAGUCAGGUCAUCUAACAACAAAAUGCGAAGUAUAUAGCUUUGGGGUGGUUCUACUGGAGUUGUUAUGUGGCAGGCCAGCCAUAGACAUAAAUAGGCCGUACAAGGAAGCGAACUUAGUUCAGUGGGCGAGGCCUUCCCUUAGUCCACGCAAAAUUUUCCGGAUUCUUGAUGCUAGAUGUUUCAGCCCCUUUUUUUUAUCAGAAAGUGUACUAAAAACAGCAGAGUUAAUAUCACUGUGUGUGUCAUCAAAACCAAUGUCUAGACCAACCAUGAGAGAAGUGGUAGAAGCUUUGGGAAAAAUUCAAGAACUCAAUCGAAAUGUGAUAUCCAGGGCCUGAAAAGUAAGAUCACAACUCAAGCGGUGUCCCCAGUUAUAUUAGGAAAACAUCAAAUGAGGAUUGCAAUGAAUUUGAGGCCAUCAAAUUCUCCUGUUUGACAUAAGAGAGGAAAGUAAUUGGUUCUUAAUUUUAUGUAAGCCGAAGGGAUAUUAGGUCAUGUUUGGUACACUGUAAAUUACAUUACUUAUUUAAUUACUGUGUUUGGCAUUGGUUGGUAAAAAGUUUUUAUCGUAGCUAAAUGAAGAUCAGGCGUAUUUGUCAAUACAUGUACAGUUGUACUGACGUAAUUUCCAUUCCAUAGCAAAACGAAUUUCUUCCCAGAAUUUCUUCUCCUGCAAAUCCACAUUUCUUCAAUGUUUCACUCUCAUGGCUCCCAUUUCUCUUCUCCAUAGGAGCUCUAGGAUUUGGCAAAUUGAUUUUUUUUUUUAGGGACCUUUCUUUG